UUGGCGUUAUGUGUCCCUAGUUUGUUGCAAAUAAAUAUCUCGCUUUAUGAUGAGAACAACAAAGAACUAAUGUUCUACAAUGAGCAUCUUAUCGAUAUCGCGGAAGAACUGUUAUUAGAGCAUUUGAUUCGUUUACCACGGGUUAUUCAAACUGGAAAUGAAGAUCAAAAAGCAACAAGCUUUUCUCAACUAAAAUGUUUUAUAAUUCUACUUUUCAAAAGAGGUCGGCUGCAAGUAACUUUAUCAAAUAAUCAUCUUAUUGAACAAUUAUUGGAUAUUCUGCUGUCAUCAGUUGAAAUGGAAAGAAGCCACCGACUUCUAGAGAUUUGUAACGAUGUUAUGGAUAUAAAUGAUGGAGAAAAUUCAAAAAGUUGGGUCUUUUCUCACUAUGGAAAUAAAAAAAGCCCAUGGAAAAUCUUUAAAAAUAUCCAAAACGAACAAAUUAUCAAAGAAAUCGAGACGGUAUGUGAAUAUCUAAAUAAAGAUCAACAUAUAUAUACGUUCGUCUUGGAAUUGUUAUUGAAAAUGCUUAUGAAAAACUCGGAUAAAUGCAAUGAAGUUCUAGUUAUAAUACAAAUGCUACACUCAAAUCAAUUCAAAUUAAAUGAUGUGUGUUGGAGUCUUCAUAUAUCAAUUUGGGAAAAUUUGUUAUGUGAUCACCGAUGGAAUCUGGUAACUGAUACGAACGAAUUCAGUGAUGUUAAUAUCAAUUACGAGGUGAACUGGACGGGAGACAACCAAAUGAAAGGAGCAGUUGACUUUUGUGAUAAAUUAUCACAUCAAAAAGUCCAGAUGAAUUCGUUGAAAGAAAUUAAAAACAACGUAUUGCAUACAUGUUUAAUUAUUGAAACAGUAAGUUUCUUUGCAACACAAAUGCGACAAGAAGUUUAUGCUAUGAAAUCGUUGCACUACAUAGUUGAAAAAUCAUCAAGCAAACUGUAUAUCAUUCGAGCAUCGACGUUUCGAGCGUUGGAAACCAUAAGAUUAGCUUAUAACUUCAAUGCAAUUUCGGAUCUUUUGGACAUCAACGCUGAUUACCUUAUUCAUAAAAUCGGCAAAUCUUUAGAUAAACCAUACCGUAUAGACGCAGCAAUACACAUUCUGAGAAAUACUCUUCGUUCCGACACAACUAUAUCGAUAAAUAAUAUAGAAAGCAUAAUAUCACUACUCAUAAUUGAGUAUUCGAAGAAAAGUCAAUCGAAUAAUUCAUUGCAAUUUAUCUAUGCUUUUAAAUUGAUAUUGUCAAGAAUUCAUGAUGUCUCUUCCGAAUAUACUAUAGAUGUGUGUAAUAAUGAUGUCAGAUCAAUGAAUCAAAUCAGAAAUGUGUAUUAUAAUCAUCUUCAUAUAUGGUUGGGAGAAUUGCACGCAGACAGAAAAUGGCAUGUGAUUAAUCAGAGUGAUCGAAAUAUCAUAAAUAGGCGUCCAGAAAACGUAAAAUUCACACCAUACACCAAACUUGCUGUCAUCAUUCUAAAACAAGUUAUUCCAUUCUUGACAUCUAAGAAAACGACACUCAAAAUGUUGGCGCUGGAUACUAUAAAUAUAGGACUGGAUAUAAUAAAAAAUGAUGAAAAUGAGUUUUUACCGAUUGUGAACCUGAUUUGGGAUACAUUAAUUCAACAAUGCAUCCAAGGAAAUGACAAAGUACUGCUUCAAUAUUGUUUCCAGGUGAUCACUAAGUUGAGUAAAUUCGCAAAAGAAAUUGUGAAAAGACGAUUCACGAGGGAACUUUUGCCUCGCGUAAGGCAGUACAUCAAUGAUGUUGCGAGAAAUGAUGUUGAGCAGCAGACGUUUUCUUGCAAAUCUAUCCCCAUAUCCCCCCACCGAAGAGGGUACCCAAAGGGUGGUCUGGGGGCCUAAAAGAAGUUCCCCUUCGCCACCUUUCCAACGCCAAUCUAAACGCCCCAAUCGGUUUACAAACGAAAAAAUUAUAGGCAUCGGCAGUUUGACCUUGGUUUUCUAUGAAAAUAGAGAUUUAUUUUAUUUAACACCGUCAAGCUCUGGCUGAAUAUAUUAUAAGAGAAUAUGACCGGAAAACAGCGCAAUACUUCAUCAAUUUGUAUUUACUUACAAUGAUUAAUAAUAAUAAUAACUAUCAGUUCUCGCCUCGUUAAAAACCUGUCUCUUUUCGUAAUCUUUUUGCAUUUGCACAAGUAGGAGAUGAAAACAAAAACACAGUCGUACAACAAAGAUGGUAAUGCUUGAUAUUAGUCCGACAGCAAACGGUCCAAAAUAACCUUUGGUAAACGUUUCCAAAGGGACAAAGGCUAUGUGAAGCGUCAACUGUUACGAGUUUAAUUUAAGACUUUGCACAAAGGACUGCAAAAGUCGUCACUCAAUUUAUACAGUUACUAAAAAAAAAUCUACUGUAUACAGUAGAUAAAUUUUUUUUUAUUUAUUUAUUUAUUAACACACCGCCAAAGAACUGGCUGAAUAUUCAGUUUUGAAGGGAAAUGACUCCAAGUGUCAUGAAAAACCUGAUCUUUUAGCGUUUUUACAAUAUAUGGUAAUUUUAUACAAUAAAUAGUUGUAAUAGUCUUUCUCGAUUGUUUUUUACAAUUUCGGACCAGUUCGGAUCAGAUUUUUGGACCAGUUUAAAUGCCAAAAUUCUUCUAUUGCCCCACUUGUAUUGUGUACCAAUUUUCAUCCAAAUCGGACCACUUUUUGAAAUUUCGACUUUUCGCGAAUUUUCGAGGUUUUUGACCAAUAACUUGAAAAAUAUCCAAAA